AUGGAGUUCGGAAAGCAGGGCGUGGAAGCAGAUGCUUUCAAGGUGAAAGACCAUAUGUCACAGCAGACUGCCAGUGAUCUGGCAAGCAUGACGCAAGGGCAGCAGGACCAGGUGAUGAGGCAGCAGAUGGAGCAGCUGCAAAGGCUGGUGGCUGAACAACAGAAAAUCAUUGCACUUUACAACCCAGAGCAAGGCAAAAGUAACACCUCAGAAGGCUUUUCUGAAACGAAAAGAAGCAGUGAUGAUGACGCCAAACCUCAGCAAGCUCAGUAUCCCUCCCAGCAUGGGCCUCAGAGAGUAGAUCAUACUGAUGGACAUUUCGAUCUCUCUGACGGUGAUUAUGCUAGCGAUGAGCCCAGUGGAACUGAAAAAAUGUCUGUUAAAAGAACAAGAAUGGACCAGCUCAAGACUGUUAGGAGCCAGGAGCUGACUCACCCUUUGGAAUACAAUAGAGACCAAAUUCACCCACUGCAGAAAGAAAAAGUUGCCCAUAGCAAGUUCAAAGGAACAGCUAGAGUCACUGCAGAAAAUGUGAAAUCACAAGAAAUACAAAUACUAAAACAACAGAUUGCUGGACUGCAGGAAGAGUUCAAGAGAAAUGAGUCCUGCUGGCAUGCUGCCUACAGCAAGCUGAGAGACCAAGUUGAGAUGCUGACCAGGCAGAACAUGGAGCUUCGAGAUGAGCUCAGAGUUUCAGAACAUCAGAGACGGAAAGCAGAAAAAUCCCCAGAAGCUGUGAAUUUCAUGGACAGAAAAUCAGAGACCCCGGUUGCAGAAGCUAUUCUGCAAGAGACGGCAUCUUCAUCCAAACAAGAAGAAAGAGCACGGAGAGAUAAUCGCAAGAGCCACGGCAUCUCUCAUGUGGGCCCGAAGACAUCUUUGCAAAAACACUUCUUUAGAGACGUGAAUAGCAAAGUUGUACAUCAGCUGUCUACUACUGGGAGAACAACAGAUGAUAGGAAAUCACCUGGAGCUGUCUCGCAUCCGAGUGGUGGUUUUAAGGAGCCUAACUCAUCUUCCUACGUAAAAGGCAGGUCUUUGCCCAUUUCAGAUAGCUCAGAAGACAUGUCCCUGUCACAUAACCACAGCAAUGACACUUGCAGCUUUGCACUCUGCAGUAACAAUGAAGAAACUGAGGUAGAAGAGGUGCUUACUGAUGGACGUCAAAUCAUCACUUUCCCCAAUGGUACUAAAAAGGAGAUCAGUGCUGAUAAAAGGAUGACAACUAUUAGCUUUUUCAAUGGAGAUGUAAAGAAGAUCAUGCCAGAUCAGAGAGUGAUUUAUUAUUAUGCAGAUGCACAGACAACGCACAUUGCUUAUCCAGAUGGCCUGGAGGUGCUGCAGUUCCCUAAUAAUCAAAUAGAAAAACAUUAUCCUGAUGGCACACAAGAAAUUGUGUUCCCAGAUCACACAGUGAAAUGCCUCUAUAGUGAUGGAUUCAAGGAAACUUUUUUCCCAGAUGGUACAGUAGUAAAAGUAGAAAAGAGUGGAGAUAAAAUAGUGGUAUUCAGUAAUGGCCAAAAGGAGAUUCACACUGCGCAGUUCAAGAGGCGGGAGUACCCCGAUGGCACUGUAAAAACUGUGUACCGCAAUGGCAGACAGGAAACCAAGCACUCCAGUGGACGAGUUCGAAUCAAAGAUGAGGACGAUAGUAUCAUCCUAGACAAGAAGUGA